AUGUGGAGAAGGAGCACCCGCGUCAUUUGCCGCCACGUGGCCAGGAGGGAAUAUUCUCGAGUAUGCCCUCCGCCGGCGAAAAGCGCCGGAACGCUUAUCCGGGUGUCAAACCACGUGGCCAGGUUGGGCCCACCGAAGGAAGGCCCGAAGCCCAGGCAGCUCCUGUCGUUGCCGCGCUUCCCCGGCCACCCUUUGCCGGGGAAGAGGUCUCAUGAAGACGGCGUCGUUUCGCGCGUCACCGCCGUCAGUUGGGUCAAGUAUUACUUCGAUGGGAUUUACGACUCUAUCAUCCAGUCCCAUUUCAAGCAAGGCCUUGUUCAGAUGGAAUGCCCAGGUUUGAUUGAAAAGGAAGGGCAAAUGAAACCCAUGAGAAAGAUUAGGCCUAGUGAGGUCAUGGAGGUAGGGGCAAGAGUAUACGUACCGGUUUCGGUUGUGGAGAGUAGGGUUUCAAGGAGAUUUGACUGCAUACCAAGUGGAACAUUGUACCCAAAUGCUGAUGAGAUUGAGUAUUUGCAGAGGCGUGUCAAGUACAAGGACUCUGCUAUAAUAGUGCUGAACAAGCCCCCGAAAUUGCCGGUCAAGGGUAAUAUGCCAGUUCAUAACAGCAUGGAUGCAUUGGCAGCAGCAGCAUUAUCUUAUGGUAAUAACGAAGGUCCUAAGUUGGUUCAUCGGCUUGACAGAGAGAGCAGUGGCCUCCACUUAAUGGGGAGAACAAAAGAAAGUGUUUCUCUUCUGCAGUGGUUAUAUACUGACUUCAAUAAGGGGAAAUCAUCGUGUCAGGCUUGGGAUGAUGCAUGUGAAGCAAGAUAUCAGAGGUACUGGGCAUUGGUCAUAGGCUCUCCUAAGGAAAAGGAAGGCUUAAUUUGUGCUCCUCUUUCGAAGGUGCUUCUUGACAAUGGGAAGACAGAAAGGGUCAUCUUGGCUCAUCAAUCAGGAUUAGAAGCUUCCCAAAAGGCUAUAACUCAAUAUCGGGUGCUUGGUCCCACAAUACAUGGAUGCUCAUGGAUCGAAUUACGUCCACUCACUAGCAGGAAGCAUCAGGCUGUCUCUGAUUUCAACUCUGCCAUUUCUGUACAGCUCCGUGUCCAUUGUGCUGAAGCUCUCGGAACACCAAUUGUGGGCGACUAUAAGUACGGGUGGUUUGUACACCGGAGAUGGAAACAAAUGCCUCACGUUGAUAUUGAGCCAACAUCUGGGCUACCAUACAAGUUGCGGAGGCCAGCAGGUCUGGAUGUGCAGAAAGGAAGUGUUCUGUCGAAAGUCCCUCUGUUACAUCUGCACUGUAGAGAGCUUGUACUCCCUAAUAUUGCUAAGUUCCUUCUUAUAUUGGAUCAGAAGUUAGACAACCUGCACCCUGCAGUUUGUUCAAAGCCAGAUAUCCUUCGGUUCGUGGCAUCGAUGCCUUCCCACAUGAAAAUUAGCUGGAAUCUCAUGUCAUCUUACUUAGUCUAG